GAACGUGAUGACGUCAUCGGUGGAGCUUUGAGGUGUUUAUUGUUCGUUUGAGCGUCGAAGAGAAAAAGCAGCGCAGCAACGGGAGUAACGCGCCGGAACCGCUGAUUAACGCCCCUGUCCCCGCCGCCUGAGGGAGCGCAGAGCCUGUCCGAGCCGAGCCGCGGGAGAACCUGACCUCUGCCGCGCUCCGUACACGAGUUUACCGGGGUUUUUGUUCGGGAGCCAUUUUACAGCAGAGGAGAGGCCGGAGACAGCGGUGUGUGUGUGGACAUGGCGUACGCGUAUCUCUUCAAAUACAUCAUCAUCGGAGACACAGGUGUGGGUAAAUCCUGCCUUUUAUUACAGUUCACAGAUAAACGCUUCCAGCCUGUCCACGACCUCACCAUUGGUGUAGAAUUUGGAGCGCGGAUGAUCACCAUAGAUGGCAAACAGAUAAAACUUCAAAUCUGGGACACGGCCGGUCAGGAGUCGUUCCGCUCUAUCACCAGGUCUUACUACAGAGGAGCCGCAGGCGCUCUGCUCGUCUAUGACAUCACAAGAAGGGACACCUUUAACCACCUGACCACCUGGUUAGAAGACGCGCGCCAACAUUCCAACUCCAACAUGGUCAUCAUGCUGAUCGGGAAUAAGAGUGACCUGGAGUCGAGGAGAGAGGUGAAGAAGGAGGAGGGGGAGGCCUUCGCUCGGGAGCACGGGCUCAUCUUCAUGGAGACUUCAGCCAAGACCGCGUCCAACGUAGAGGAGGCAUUUAUCAACACAGCUAAGGAGAUAUAUGAGAAGAUCCAAGAGGGCGUGUUCGACAUUAACAAUGAGGCGAACGGGAUUAAGAUCGGGCCGCAGCACGCUGCCACUAACUCCACGCUGGCUGGAGGACAGGGGGGGCAGCAGGCCGGGGGAGGAUGCUGCUGAAUCACCACUUCUACCCCUUUGGUCUACCCCUUACACCCUCCACCCCCCCUCCACCCCUCCUCCCUUAUCUGCUUUCCCUCUCGUUUCUUUUGGACUGGUUGCUCUCACUAACGUUUUCUUAACCCUUAAAUCCAACUCGUGUACUAGAUAUCUGUAAACAAAAACAAACAAAUUAUUAUUAAUAAAGAGAAAUCCUCCUCCUGCGGAAGAAGCCCAGGCAGUGGAGUGCCGAGAAGGUGAGGAGCUCUGGGCGGAGCGGGCGGAGCUCUGGGCGCUCGGCCGCAGCGGGGUCCUGGUGGGCGUAACGGUUAACUAGGCCCCGCGCCUCGACCCCGCGCGCUGGUGAUUACCUUCAUGUUUGUGCUUUUCUUUUUGUUUUGUGCCCUUUUUUUGUUGACUUUGAGCUGAAUUGUAUUAAACACUACAAAGUCAUCUCUAGUAUUUUAAUCGGUGUGUGUGUGGGUGGGUGGAGUCUGUGCUCAUGGUUUACUCUGGACAAAGGGGUGUGUCCCUGCGCUAGGCUGGAGUUUACUGAGUGACCAAAGGGUGUUGGUUUAACCAAGGGGCGGGGCUUAACUUUGAAUGGAAAUGUUAUGUAUGACAUCACAACUCUAUAGAUUAGCUAACAUCAGCUAGCAUCCUAACGCUAGGAACAUAGCACAAAGGCUGAUCAGGCAGGCAUGUGGUUGGUUGACCACUUUAACAUAAACCCCAGCCCUUCUUACCCAGCACUGCUUGUCACUUGGUGCAGCCUCAUGUGGAUAUGGUUGUGUGUGUGUGUGUGUGAGUGAGAGAGAAAGCUGCGAUGGAUUGUGCAGAUGUUAUUAAAGUGAAGAGAAGCAGCAGGAUGUUUUUUUUUUUCGUGUGUAUUUAUCAGGACACUCUAUGUAUAUAGCGCUCUUUUCUUGCUUUGAUGUACGUUAGCGGUAACCGUGCUCUUUCUGCUGCGACGCUGUGCGAGUAGAGCUAGAGAACGCGACAGUAUUCCGGCGUCGUUUUUAACUCCUUUUCCUCUUUGCGUGUAUAGACCCUUCAUAUAGAUUUAUUAUAUCGUGGAUCUGUUUUAAUGCCAAAUUUGUGUUUCCUCGUGUCUCUGAAACGCGCUGUUCGCCUUAAACCCAUAUAAGAGCGGCGUUUAACGUAAUCACGUCACGUUACAGCCGACGUGACUGGUGAGAAGUGUGUAUACACACACACACACACACACACACACACACACAAUAAUCCUGUAUACUCGGUUUUAUAUAUCUACAUAACUUCCAUUAAAGCCGCCCUGUAGCGUCAGCCCAGCCCGUCUCCUCCACGUGUACGGCUCGAUCUUUGCCGUCACUGCCACAGUGUCCUCCUCCUUCUUCUUCUCCUCCGUCUCUUUCUCUCUCUUUGUGAACAUCCUGUCCAUGGUGAAAGGGCGUGUGGUGAAAAGCCAAAAUGAAGUAACUUUGUGAUCCUCCACUAUUCUUUUCUGUGUUCUUCAAAUAAAAUGCUAUCACAAUAAACAUGAGUAAAAGUC